AUGCUCAAAUCAGCAAGACAGCAACAAGGACGAACCGGAGACUCAGAUUUAGUGUGGAAGGAGAAGCGUCGAAACGAUGAUGGCGAAUCCGCCGUGAAUAGUCCAAGCGCGAUCGAGGAGCAACUCCGUCGUUCAUCCAACAUGCUGUGGAGGGAAUUUCUUUUGGUUUUUCUGUUUGGUGGAAGGAAAGAAGUGGGAAAUUUUUCGCGCUCUGAUGAUGAAAAGAUAACAGUAAAUCCAGUUGUGAAGCCUUGUCCAAACUGUGUUUGGGCGUUCUGGGCUAAAGAAAAUGUGGACUCUGUUGCUUUGCCAAGCCCAAACUGCCUGUAUCAAGCCCAUAUCGAUGCUUACCCUUGA